AACUUUAAACCCAGUAUCGCCGUCAUCGUAGGCGUACUAACCACGUUAUUCUCCAUCACCUUCCUCCUCCUCAUGUACGCCAAACACUGCAAACAGAGAGUCGACUCGUCGUCGGAACCCGGGUAUUAUUACAACAACAAUCGCGGUUUUCCGGCGACCGGAAGGAAGAAUUCCGGUAUUGACCCGGUAAUCAUCGAGAGUUUACCGGUUUUCCGGUUCGGUUCAUUGCAAGGAGAAAAAGAUGGGUUAGAAUGCGCGGUUUGUUUAAACCGGUUUGAACCGGAAGAGAUUCUUCGGUUAUUACCCAAAUGUAAGCAUGCGUUUCACGUGGAGUGUGUUGACACGUGGCUCGACUCUCAUUCCACGUGUCCUCUUUGCCGGUUUCGGGUCGACCCGGAAGAUGUGCUCUUAGUGGACCGAGUUAACCCGGUUGAGCAUGAACCGAUUGAAGCCGGGUUACCCGAGUCAACUCGGCGGGUUUCGGGUCGUCACUCGUCUGCUGGAGAAAAAGGGCGAGUUAGUAAUGGACCUAAAACGACGUCGUCAAGGAGGUCAUUAGACGGGUCAAUCACAGCCGUUGAUCGGAGGAAAGACGGGAUGUUACUAACCGUUGAUAAAGACAGGCGAGUAGAACAUAAAAUAAUAAUAAAUCCAAGUGCGGCCCAUUACGAGAGAUGGAGUGAUGUACAGCCGUACGAUCUGUUCUAUCUACGGUCAGAGAUGUUGAUGAAUGAGGGCCGUCGAUCAUCAACAUCAAAGCGGGUGUAUGGUAAGUAUGAUGGGGUGAGGAUGCAGGGGAUAAUUAAUAAUGGCAGAAGUGUAAUUAAUGAGAGAAGUGUGUCGGAAAUCACGGGGUUAAGCAGGUUUUCGAGCAGAAAUACAGGAAAUGGUGGUGGUGGUAAUGAGGAGAGAGAAAGAGAGAGACAUAAUGGGGCGAUUGCCAGGUGGAUGGCUUGGAUUUCUCAAUCUAGGCCAGCUGUACGGUCGGGAGCUUAGCUUGUUCAUAAAUUUUAGGACCUUCGAUAAAUUUAUUUAUUUAUUUAUUUUUCUCAAAAUUUUGAGGUAAUAGAUUUUAGUUUGGGUCCCACGUAUUAAAUUAUCUUAUUAAUUGGUUUAGGGUAAAAAAAAAAAAAAUUAAGAGUAUUUUUUAAAAAAAACUUUUUUACCCUGUCUAUUGGAGAGGAGAGGGUUAAAUUUUCAAGAGGGAAAUUUAUUAUGGAGAAGUUUUUACUGUAAUUGAAAGGAAAUAUUGGAUAGAAAAUAUUUUGAUCAAUUGUACUAAUUUUUAAGAGGAUAAAUUUGACUACUGGUUUAAAAUAAAACUAAACGUAAAGUUUAUGAGAUGAUUACUCGUAAAGUUUUACAUUUUACACUUGUGACUUCGUGAGAGUGUAGUGUUGUAAACUUGUAAUGAACAUGUUACAAUGAGAAGUGUUAAUAAUCUUACUAUUGAUUACGAUAUG